UCUACCGGACAUUUUGUUGGUUUGCUGAAGUUCAACAAAUUUCACGGUCAAAAGAUUCUUAGAUAUGGUAGAGGACCAAAUCAAAAACUCCUACUCGCAGUCAAUUUACUUCGAUGAACCUAAAGUUAAAGACAGAGUCGGAAGAUCACUCCUUGCCACUUUGCCUGCAGCGCUUGCCUCGCUCAGCAGUGGUUACUGUUGGGGAUAUUCGUCGUCCGCUUUAGAGGAUUUGCAAAACGCAGGCACAUCCUCCGCCUUUCGCUUAACUGUUGAGCAAGGGUCCUGGUUCUCGUCCAUGAUUUGUUUUGGAAUGAUGAUUGGAUUUCCUUUUAUUGGAUGGGCGAUUAACAAGUUUGGUCGAAAGGGUACGAUGAUGUUAUGCGCCAUACCUUUUGUGUUAGGAUGGCUUCUAAUCAGUUAUGCUAGGAAUGUUGCCAUGCUCUACGCUGGUAGAUCAAUCACAGGUGUGGCAUGUGGUGCUGCCUCCUUCACUAGUUCGGUAAGUGGUCGGAAGAUAGCGAAAAGGAGUUUGUUCCAGAUGUCGCGGAUUAAGUGGCUAGGAAUAUUCGUGAAGGGGGUGUACGUUGGCGAGAUUGCAGCUGCCCGAGUGCGUGGAGCUUUAUGCAAUUUAAAAUGCCUGGGUUUCUCAUUGGGAGUAUUGCUAUCCUUGGCGGUGGGCGUCCUGUGCCAUUGGAGAUGGCUGGCUUUUAUUGGUACAAUUCCCCCAACAUUGGUCCUUAUUCUGAUGAUUCCCAUGCCCCAGUCCCCUCACUGGUUAUUGGGAAAGAACCGAACGUGUGAAGCAUUGGAAGCUUUUUUGUGGUUAAGAGGUCCUAAUGCAGACGUAGACGAGGAAUGCUCCACAAUUAAAAAGGCUCUAGGUGAAAAUGUACAGUAUACCCCUUCAGGUCGAUUAUCUUUUGAAGGCCGAGAAAAGCUGGGGAGAGUAUUUUUGCGGACUUUUACUCUUUUGAUUUCAGAAAUGUUUCCUGUCCGCGCACGUGGCCUCCCUUGCAGCUUUGUAUUCAUGGUCUUCGCAGUUACACAGUUUUUUGAAACCACAACUUAUCAUUCUAUGACCACUGUGCUGACCAUUCAGGGUGCCUACUGGGUUUAUGCUGGAUGUUGUAUCUUAGGCUUUUUGUUUGUUUAUUUCCUUCUACCCGAAACGAAGGGUAAAACAUUAGUGGAGAUUGAAGAUAUUUUCAACCGAUCGGUUAAGCACGCCUACGAAAGAAUUGAAUAGUAACUGUCUAAUCUAAUGGACUAGUAAUUACCAAACGUUUAUGCACCGUUAACAGAAAAUGGUAAGGAGGAUCACAUGGUUUUAAGGGGAACAGGAGGUUCCCUUCCCCCCUUUUCCCCACGCAAUAAAUAAUAACGGGUCAUUAAGAGACAAUGUACACAAGACAAUUGCCAGAGGGGACAGAAACCUUUGAUAUAGAUGAUAGGUAGGUACCCGCCUGUCCCCCUGGGUUAGGUCCCCCUGGGUUAGGUCCCCCUGUACUAAGCAGCAAUGUAUGAAGCGGUCACCUUGUAUAAAGUAAUCGUUCAUGGGUACCCUUUACUUAAUCCCAACGGCCUUAAUUAAUCGUCCUCCACCUCCACGGUUGAACCGUCACUUCAAUAAAACUAAGAACAACCUUUUAAGACAAA